AUGGGUUCUUGGAAAUUAGAAAUUGUUCGCAUGGCAUGCUAUAUAAGUUUUCCAUUGGCUGCAAUGUUUUUAUUUAGUCGUCCGGAAUUAUUCAAAGAUCGAGUUAUUGCUGCUCGAAAACGAUAUUAUCCACCACCAAAUCCUGAACGUGAUGAAUUAAUUCAACAAUUAAAAGAUCGAGAACAAAUUCGACGUGAAGCUGAAGUUCUUGAUCAAAUGAGUCAAUUUCAAAGUAAACAAAAAGAUUCAGCACAACUUAAAUGA